AUGAAGAUCUCUACUCUCGCUGUUACCCUCGUUCAGGCCUUGGCUGUCUCAGCCGCCGCUAUUGGUGACCUUGCAUCUGUCAAGCGGGCCGCUGACAAAUGGAACGCUGAAGCUUGGAGCAACUUCGUCAAAGUGUAUGCUGUUGAUGAUACCGCGAAGAGAGAUGUUGAAAAUUGGAAUGCGGCUGCUUGGAGCAACUUCGUCAAAGUGUAUGCUGUGGACGAUACCGUGAAGAGAGAUGGUGAAAAUUGGAAUGCGGCUGCUUGGAGCAACUUCAUCAAGUCGUAUGUCCAGGAUUUCACCGCGGAGGACUCUGAAUAG